AGAGUCUGCCGAGAGGGCGCAGCUCAGAGCCCAGAGGCCUGAGCUCCUUGCUGCGGGACCUGGCGGGGGCGGGGCGGCCCAGGCCUGGAAGCUGGGUCGGUGAGAGGACUCGGCCCCUAGAUUUGGAAGCUGCCGGGCCCCGGUACGGUCCUGAGCGGAGGCAACCGGGCCUCGGGCUGAUUCUGAGAGUAGGGGGUCCCAUGGUGGAGACCCCUGAGCCCUGCCCACCAUCUCUCAGCCCCAGGAUGCUCCCCUUCGCCUCCUGCCUCCCUGGGUCUCUACUGCUCUGGGCGCUGAUGAUGUUGCUCCUGGGGGCAGCAUAUCCCCAGGAUUCCGAAGAGCCGGACAGCUACACGGAAUGCACAGAUGGCUAUGAGUGGGACCCCGACAGCCAGCACUGCCGGGAUGUCAACGAGUGCCUGACCAUCCCUGAGGCCUGCAAGGGGGAAAUGAAAUGCAUCAACCACUAUGGGGGCUACUUGUGCCUGCCACGCUCAGCUGCCGUCAUCAAUGACCUGCAUGGUGAGGGGCCCCCGCCACCAGUGCCCCCUGCUCAACACCUCAACACCUGCCCACCAGGCUAUGAGCCCGACCAACAGGAGAGCUGUGUGGAUGUAGACGAGUGUGCCCAGGCCUUGCAUGACUGUCGCCCCAGCCAGGACUGCCAUAACCUACCAGGCUCCUACCAGUGCACCUGCCCCGAUGGCUACCGCAAGAUUGGGCCUGAGUGUGUGGACAUAGAUGAGUGCCGCUACCGCUACUGCCAGCACCGCUGUGUCAACCUGCCUGGCUCCUUUCGCUGUCAGUGUGAGCCGGGCUUCCAGCUGGGGCCCAACAACCGCUCCUGUGUGGAUGUGAACGAAUGUGACAUGGGAGCCCCCUGCGAGCAGCGCUGCUUCAAUUCCUAUGGGACCUUCCUGUGUCGCUGUAACCAGGGCUAUGAGCUGCAUCGGGACAGCUUCUCUUGCAGCGAUAUCGAUGAGUGCAGCUACUCCAGUUACCUCUGCCAGUAUCGCUGUGUCAACGAGCCAGGCCGCUUCUCCUGUCACUGCCCUCAGGGCUACCAGCUGUUGGCCACACGUCUCUGCCAAGACAUUGAUGAGUGUGAAUCUGGCACACACCAGUGCUCUGAGGCCCAAACCUGUGUCAACUUCCAUGGGGGCUACCGCUGCGUGGAUACCAACCGCUGUGUUGAGCCCUACGUUCAGGUGUCUGACAACCGCUGCCUCUGUCCUACCUCCAACCUUCUGUGCCGGGAGCAGCCGUCAUCCAUUGUGCACCGCUACAUGAGCAUCACCUCCGAGCGGAGUGUGCCCGCUGAUGUGUUCCAGAUCCAAGCCACCUCUGUCUACCCUGGAGCCUACAAUGCCUUUCAGAUACGCUCUGGAAAUUCGCAAGGGGACUUCUACAUUAGGCAAAUCAACAAUGUCAGCGCCAUGCUGGUCCUUGCCCGGCCAGUGACCGGCCCCCGGGAGUACGUGUUGGACCUGGAGAUGGUCACCUUGAACUCCCUCAUGAGCUACCGGGCCAGCUCUGUACUGAGACUCACCAUCUUCGUGGGGGCCUACACUUUCUGAGAGGGCCCCUCCUCACAGUCCCCUGUAGCCAAGGAGCCUGGGGUCAGGAAUGACUGUGUCCUGAUAUAAGGGAAGAUGUUGUGAAGGGAAGAAGAGAAAGGCAAUAAAGGGAGAAAGAAGUCGUCCUGGUGGCUGAGGUGGGUGGGUGAUCUCAGCUUGGGGAAGGGGUGGGCUUGUGGGAAGCAGGCUAAAUCCAUCUAAAUGGGGGUAAGGGGUAUGUGUUCAGGGUGUGUGAGGGGACCCCACUGAUGGGAGCUGUGUCCACUGACUUCACACAGGAGUUAACAAGGUGUGCAGUUUUGGGUGACUGGUUGGCAGGGGGCCCAAGAAACCCUGCUAGGGACGAUGUCAGGAGCCCCAGGCUUCUAGUUCCAGCUCUGCCUCAAACCAGACAUUUGGACAAGCCCUGGUUAGCUGACUGGGACUGAUUUCCAACCUAUAAAAUAAGACAGGUGGGGCCACGGAUUUAGCUCAGUGAUUCCACUGUAUGCCCCACAAGCGCAAGAUCCUGAGUUUGAUCCCUGACACCAAAAAAGAAAAAAGAGAGAGAGAGAGAAGUAGACUGUGAGUGGUUUUCCAUUCCAAGUAUAAAACCUCUUAAGAAUGAAAAUCAUAUUUGAUCAGGAACCAUCCAAUUACAUAAAGGAGAUUGAGAGCUGGGCAUAAUGGCACAUGCCUGUAAUCCCAGCACUUUGGAAGUCUGAGACAGAAGGAUCACAAAUUC